AUGGAUCCAAUUCUGUACAACGAAAGGCGUGGAGGCUUGCCUCUACAUGAGUUACUAGCAGCUUUGGAGGACGAUCUCGUCGAUUCUGCCGAUAUCUAUAUCACUCCACCCCAAGAUGAUCAUUCACUGAUGAGCCUACAUGAGCACACAUACAAACCAUAUGGGUCACCCUCAUUCAAGAAUUCUGAUGAAAUAAGGAUCGCCGUCAACUUUCAAGAUCUGAUUCUUGAUAUUUCUGAAAGUUACAUCUAUAUUGAGGGAAAAUUCACACCAAACGAUGCCACUAAAACCUGCUAUCUAUCUAAUAAUGCUCUAGCAUUCUUAUUCGAUGAAAUACGCUAUGAAAUGGGUGGCGAACAAGUAUGCAUGGUACGAAAACCAGGCAUCACUACUACCAUGAAGAGUAUGAUUUCUUAUGGAGAGAGUAAUAUGAAAUUCCUAGAGACAAUUGGAUGGGGCCUUGAUGGUGGCAAGCAGGUGCUUCUAGAUAAAGCUAGCAACGUUUUUAGCGGCAAACUACCCCUUAAAUAUCUGAUGGGGUUUGCCGAAGAUUAUUGUAGAGGUAUUUUGAAUAUCAAACAGGAGCUAAUACUCAUCAUAGCUCGCUCAUUCAAGAACUCAUAUAUUGGGGAAGUGGACGCCGAUGUGGAGAUUAACAAAAUUGAGUGGAAGAUAAGACAUGUGAUGCCAUCAGAUAAGCAGAAAUUGAAGCUAUUGACCCGUUUGAAUAGAAGUUCUACGGCAAAAGUGAAAAUUGCAUACAGGAUGUGGGAUCUGUAUGAGUUACCGACUAUUCGUGAAACAGCAUCUGACAUUUGGGCCGUUAAAACUACCAAUAGCCUCGAGCGGCCUCGAUAUAUCAUCAUUGGAUUCCAAAACACUGAUAACACUGAUAAUAGAUCUGAGGAUAUCACACAAUUCACCCAUGCAGGAGUGAGCAAUAUUCGCCUGUAUUUGAAUUCCGAAGUUUAUCCAUACGAGCGAUGGAAUUUGGAUUUCGAUAAGAAAUUAGAUGCAGUAGCCUAUUAUGCAUAUGACAACUUCCAACGUAGUUACUACGGCAAAGACAUGAGCGAACCAAUGAUGAGCAUCGAGGAAUUCCGAAAAAACCCACUAUUCAUCAUUGACUGCAACCACCAACCCGAUGCGAUGAAAUCCUCCACUGUCGACAUCAAAACAAGUAGAAAACAUAUAAAUGAAAUAAUUGCCGCUAUCGACACAAACCUCCAGUUACCUACAUUUCCAACAUUAAACACGUCCUCUGAUACUGAAAUUCGCCCUUGGAUAUCACAAAAGUGCCAACAUUUUAACAACAAAACACCUAUAGAGACUGUAACAAUAGCUGUUUAUGUGGACCUUCGGCCUAAAUGGACCGGCGGGACCACCUGA